UGAAUGCCCGCGUGCGCCGAUCCAUCCGUGGGUCAAACAUGAAGUCUUGUCUCUAUGAACAAGUCCAUUGUCAUACUGUCGCCGAUGCUGGAGGAGCGCAUCCGUCCGCGGUGCUGAGCUGGUGUCACUCAACGUGGCGUCGUGUAUGACCUAUUCGCGCGGAUCUCUUGGCGGUUCCUCGUCCCUCAACAGCAAGCUGAAGGCACACAGGGCACAGCCUCCCAACCCCACAGCCUCCUUCAUGGUAUAAAGCCGUGCGGUGGUUUCGAUGCUGGAAGUAGGCUUCAUUUUCUGAAUGAUAUCAAAAGAUCUUUCCGAGCACGUUAAUAGAGGGUCAUCACGUCAUGGAGACUGAUCGAGGAACCUCCCACUCCAAAAUAUCCGACACCGAGCCCUGCCAGGAUGCAAAACACUGUUAUCAUCGAAAGAUAUGCGAUGCCGUAUGUGGCUGUGGAGUAUGGAUCUGUAGCCUUGCGAUGAGCGGGACCUAUCUGGGUCUACAAGUCGAACCCAGCAUAAACGCCGCCUUCAGACGAUGGCAGAACAUGGUCGCUGCGCGACAGACUGAUCCCCAACGCUCCGUUCUCUUCGGGGGAUUUGUGUUUUCGACGGUCGGAUACGCUAUCUCAUGCAUAGCGUUAUAUCGAAGGGCUCCGAAUGUCGUAGUGGCGAUAGUGAUGCCUUGUAUAUUGUUGGUUCUCUUGGAAGGGUGGUGGAAUUACCUUAGGGUAACACCUGCGGAAAGGGUCCUCGUUAUAAUGCCAACGGUGGUAGAUGUCGGUAUGACUUGGGUCCUUCUGUGCGGGGCGGCGAGGCUGAGGAAUCUCUCCUCAAAGCCAGGCUUCUGUGUGUAACGAGCAAAUUGCGGAUGCGUAAUCCAGGAGAGACAGGGCCGAUUACCA